ACUCAUCCACUUUCUUGCACUGUGCCUUAACUUCUCAGCUACAACUAGAGCUAGAAUUAGAGUCAGCUAAUUAACUAGCCUAAUUCACAAACACAUCCCUCUCUCUACCCAUAUUAGCUUUCUUUUUUGUGCUGUGUUGAGAUUUUUGUGAUAGCCCACCAUGGCAAUUGCUAAUUGUGAUGAUAAAAACGCAAAAACUUUGCAGUUCAUUGAAGAUAUGACACGAAACACUGAUAGUGUCCAAGAGAGGGUCCUUGCUGAGAUUCUGAGCCAAAACGCCCAAACCGAAUACCUGAAACGGUUUGAGCUGAAUGGAGCCACAGACCGUGACACUUUCAAGUCCAAGGUACCUGUCGUUUCAUACGAUGAUUUGAAGCAUGAUAUCCAACGCAUUGCUAACGGUGACCGCUCUCCUAUCCUAUGCGCUCACCCAAUCACCGAGUUUCUCACCAGUUCUGGAACAUCUGCUGGGGAGAGAAAAUUGAUGCCAACAAUUAGUCAAGAGACGGAACGCCGUCAAUUAAUUUUCAGCCUUCCCAUGCCAGUGAUGAAUCAAUACGUGGCUGAUUUGGACAAGGGUAAGGCUCUCCUCUUCCUGUUCACCAAAGCCGAGACGAAAACUCCAAGUGGCUUAGUGGCACGUCCAGUGUCUGCUAGCAUGUACAAGAGUGAACAGUUCAAAAACAGACCCUAUGAUCCAUACAACGUGUACACUAGCCCCAACGAAGCAAUCCUCUGUCUUGAUUCCUUCCAAAGCAUGUACACCCAAGUGCUAUGCGGCCUCAUCAUGCGCCAUCAAGUCCUCAGAAUCGGAGCCAAUUUCGCUUCGGGCCUUCUCCGAGCCAUUCGCUUCCUCCAGCUCAAUUGGGCUGAACUAGCCCACGACAUCUCCACCGGAACCCUAAACCCCAAAAUCUCCGACCUCCCCAUCAAACAACGCAUGACCCAAAUCCUCAAACCCGACCCGGAACUCGCUGAUUUCAUUGUGAAAGAAUGCUCGGGAGAAAACUGGGAAAGCAUAAUCCCCAGAAUCUGGCCAAACACCAAGUUCGUAGAGGUGAUUGUGACCGGUGCCAUGGCGCAGUAUAUUCCAACUCUUGAUUAUUACAGCGGAGGCCUACCUAUCGCUUCCAACAUAUACGGAUCCUCCGAGUGCUUCUUCGGGAUUAACCUAAACCCAUUUUGCAACCCCUCUGAUGUGUCCUACACCAUCAUGCCAAACAUGGGUUACUUCGAGUUCUUGCCCCAUGAUCACGAUGAUGACGACGGUGCUUUGUAUUCAGGUUCCGAUUCCAGUUCGCGAUUAACCGACCUGGCUGAUGUUGAACUCGGAAAAUCAUACGAAAUUGUUGUCACCACGUACUCCGGUAUAUGCCGUUACCGUGUGGGCGACAUUCUCCGAGUCACCGGGUUCCACAACUCCACCCCGCAGUUCAGCUUCGUGAGGAGAAAAAACGUAUUGUUGAGCAUCGACUCCGACAAAACGGACGAAGCGGAGUUACAAAACGCCGUCGAGAACGCCUCCGUGCUGUUGAAGGAGUUCAAGACGAGCGUGGUGGAGUACACGAGCUUUGCGGACACGAAGUCGAUCCCGGGGCACUACGUGAUUUACUGGGAACUCUUGAUGAAGGACUCGUCCAACGCUCCAACGAGUGAAGCGUUGGAGCAGUGUUGUUUGAGAAUGGAAGAGUCGCUGAAUGCGGUGUAUCGACAAUGCAGGGUCGCGGAGCAUUCAAUUGGGCCGUUGGAGAUUCGUGUGGUGAAGAACGGAACUUUUGAGGAGCUUAUGGACUACGCUAUCUCACGCGGCGCGUCGAUUAGCCAGUACAAGGUGCCGCGCUGCGUGAGCUUCACGCCCAUAACGGAGUUGCUUGACUCUAGGGUUGAGUCCGUUCAUUUUAGCCCCGCUGAACCGCACUGGACCCCGGAACGACGUCGUUGAAGGGUAACUACUACACGUGCGUACGUCAAGUCUGAAAGGAAUUGAUGUUAUGUGCCUUUUGCUUUAGAUUUGUGUCUGUGAAAAAUAUGUUCCAAAGGAAUUGUCCUAGACAUCUUUGUCUAUCCUAUGUAGGGAAACCAUCACGUGCACUUUUAAUUAGCCGAUCUAUAUAAAUAUACCUUCAAUAAUAUUAAUGUUAGUCAUACAUUUUAAUUUUAAUA